AUGGCCACCCUUCCGUCUCUCUCCAGCUCCAUUAACUCGGUCCAACUAGACUCGAAACGAAAAGAGGAUGGAGAGGAGCAAACUGCAAAACCUUCCCAAGAAUUCGACGAUCUCAUCUCCACCCUCCCACUAGAUGAAGGAUUGGUUCCCAUGCGCCUCCGCCAAUACCAAGGCGUCUGGAUCCCUGAGCACUUCCUCAGGGGCAUCAUCGCCGUCCGGCAGCGCUUCACGGCCCGCCCUGAUGACCUCCUCCUCCUGAGCUACCCCAAGUCCGGCACCACCUGGCUAAAAGCCCUGGCCUUCACCAUCCGGACUCGGACGCAGCACUCUUUGGCUCGCCACCCUCUCCUUAGCCUCAAUCCCCAUCAGUGCGUGGAGUCACUGGACAGACUCUUCUUUUUGGGUAAACUUUCCUCAGUGGAACCCCAGCCCUCUCCUCGGAUUUUCAGCUCCCACGCGCCUUACUCUCUGCUGUCGGAGUCGAUCAAGGGCUCCGGCUGCCGGAUCAUAUACGUUUGCCGGGACCCCAAGGACGUGUUCGUCUCCCGGUGGCAUUUCAAUGCGAAGUUAGGCUCAAAGACGGACAAGGAGCCGAUUCCAUUGGCAAGGGCCUUCGAGAUGUUCUGCGAGGGCGUUUGCCCGUUUGGGCUGAUAUGGGAGCACGCUCUCGGGUACUGGAAGGAGAGCUUGGGAAGGCCCGGCAAGGUGCUGUUCUUGAAGUAUGAGGAGCUGAUGGAAAAGCCGGUGGCAAAUGUGAAAAGAAUGGCGGAGUUCAUCGGGUGCCCAUUCUCCCCGGAGGAAGAGAAGCAAGGGGUGGUGGAGGAGCUCGUAAGGCUGUGUAGCUUUGAGAACCUCAGCAACCUGGAGAUAAAUGCUACUGGCGUAAUUAACGCAAAAGCCCCGACAGCCCCUCCAACAUUUGCGUCUUUCUUCAGGAAAGGAAAGGUAGGGGAUUGGAGGAACCUUCUGAGUCCGAAGAUGGCACAGAGGCUGGACGAGAUCACCCAAGAGAGGCUGAAGGGAUCCGGUCUGACCCUUGGGAGAACCUGGUUGGAAGCUGCUACAUUAAUGGACGAGAAUCCGGUUCAUCAGGUGUAA